AGAAGGCACGACGUUCUCUUCUCGCGAGACUUGGGAGUGACCAUCUUUCUCCUGUCCGGACGGAUUCUCUUGUCCGGGGUCACUGGGACGCUUGGACUCGCGCCUUGACCCUUGCUGACCAUGCUGUCCCGGGUGGUCCUUUCUGCUGCCGCCGCAGCGGCCCCCUGUCUGAAGAACGCGGCCCUCCUCGGUCCAGGGGUAUUGCAGGCAACAAGGAUCUUUCACACAGGACAGCCAAGUCUUGCCCCUGUACCACCUCUUCCUGAAUAUGGAGGAAAAGUUCGCUUGGGGCUGAUCCCUGAGGAGUUCUUCCAGUUCCUUUAUCCUAAAACGGGUGUGACAGGACCCUAUGUGCUCGGAACUGGGCUUAUCUUGUAUUUUCUAUCCAAAGAAAUAUAUGUGAUUACUCCAGAGACCAUCUCUGCUAUAUCAACAAUAGGCGUUCUUGUCUAUAUAGUUAAAAAAUAUGGUGCUUCUAUUGGAGAAUUUGCUGAUAAACUCAAUGAGCAAAAAAUUGCACAACUAGAAGAGGUGAAACAGGCUUCCAUCAAACAGAUCCAGGAUGCAAUUGAUCUGGAGAAGUCACAGCAGGCACUGGUUCAAAAACGCCAUUACCUUUUUGAUGUCCAGAGGAAUAACAUUGCUAUGGCCUUGGAGCUUACUUACCGGGAACGGCUGCAUAGAGUAUACAAGGAGGUAAAGAAUCGUCUGGACUAUCAAAUCUCUGUGCAGAAUAUGAUGCGUCGGAAGGAACAAGAGCACAUGGUAAACUGGGUGGAGAAGCAUGUGGUACAGAGCCUCUCUACACAGCAGGAAAAGGAGACAAUUGCCAAGUGCAUUUCAGAUCUAAAGCUGCUCGCAAAGAAGGCUCAGGCACAGCCAGUUGUGUAAAUGCAUCUAUCCCAGUUGAGAUAACUAGAAACAGUUGACUCACUAAAUGGAACCUAGUCUGUGUGACAAAAUAUUCCUGUAUUGCUGUCUACUAAGUGACAGCUUACCUUUCCUAAAAAUGCAAAGUUUGAGUUUCAUAUAGUGAGAGAACUAAAAUAAUCAAUUGGCCAGUGAGAUGUUUCUCAUCUUUCUUGCUCAGCAUUUUGAGUUGUUCCAUGAUCACUUUUGAAUAAGCAAUUUGCUUUUAAUUAAAUUUGGUGCCUGGCUAAAGAUUACCAAAUUAUAGUUUAAAUUUAUAAUUAAUUCUACCAUCUUGCAAUAAAGUGACAGUUGAAACAAGG